GAGCGCAGGCGAGCACACAGACCCAGACCAGCCAGGGCGACCCAGCCGCGCGUCGAAGGCUCACGAAAGACACACCGCAGCGCAAGAGGAGAAUGGGACCCCAGUGCUCGGAUCGGGACUGAGUCUGGUCCGCGCGUCGAGAGCUCCUCCGUCUCGUAUCCCAAGUCCUCCUCCGCCGGCUCAGAGUCACGUUUUCACCGCUGGCACAAUGGGCUGCUGCAGCGGACGAUGCACUCUCAUCUUUAUUUGCACUUUACAGCUGGUGCUGGCUUUAGAAAGACAGGUCUUUGACUUCCUGGGUUACCAGUGGGCCCCAAUCCUGGCCAACUUCUUCCACAUCAUCAUCGUCAUCCUCGGCCUCUUUGGCACCAUCCAGUACCGGCCGCGCUACAUCGUGGUGUAUACGGUAUGGGCCGCUCUGUGGGUGGCCUGGAACGUCUUCAUCAUCUGCUUCUACCUGGACGUAGGAGGCCUGUCCAAGGACAGUGAUCUGCUGACGUUUAACAUCUCAGCCCAUCACUCUUGGUGGAGCGAACACGGGCCGGGCUGUGUGAGGAGAGAGAUGCCACAGGCUCCGGGGGUCCGCACCACAGAGAGCCACUCCUACAUCACUGUCAUGGGCUGCCUCAUGGACUACCAGUACAUCGAGGUCAUGCACAGCGGCACGCAGAUCCUUGUUGCUCUCCUGGGCUUCGUGUACGCCUGUUAUGUUGUCAGCGCCAUCACUGAGGAGGAGGACAGCUUUGAUUUUAUUGGUGGAUUUGACCCAUUCCCACUCUACCAUGUCAAUGAGAAACCAUCUCAUCUCCUCUUAAAGCCCAUGUACCUGUCUACGUAAAUAGGAGAGCGUCCAGCGGGGAGGUGACACAGCAAGUUCCCACGGAGACGAAAUGGCUGUUUUGACACAAACAUCCCAGUGCACGGGGGGCACGCUGCACAUCCCUCCUCCUUCUUGAUUUCAGUAUUUUAACCAUGACAUUUACUGGUGCGCUGCCCAGAAAAGCCAACACUUCUCCGUUAGGGUCCAUUGUUGUCCAGGGAGGGAUGAAGGGGGAUUACAGUGCAACAAAGCCUCAUACUGUGUGUUUAGGAAAGUAUCAAUCAUUUGCUUUGUAUUGAGGUCUCUGCUGGGGUCCCAUUGCUAUGACCUGCCCAUAAUGGUUCAAUAUUCCCCAGGAACACGACUGUAUACAUGUACAGCAUAUAAAUACAUUGUGUGUGUAAUCAGGGACUGCCCAGCAUUCCCAGUCUGUGGUACUGUGUCUUAGAGGACUCAGUGAUUUAGCAUGUUAUUGCUGGUUUGGCUCAGAUCUUGGCCAGAGGGCUGAAUUACAGUGGAGCCUGUGGAAUGAGCUAUUGUGCGCUGCCUGUUUACUUUAGGCCAGGAUCUGCGUGCAUAAAUACACAAGCAAAGCAGGAAGAGGCAGGGGAGUGGAGAGGUAGAGGGAGGGGAGGGAACAAAAGCACCAAACCUACAGGGGCGUCUAUCCAAAAUAGAAAAUGUAAAUAAUAAAACGAGUGGGGGUGGGGGGGUCUGGAUUGAGAGUUUGAAAUGUGAACUAAAAGAACGUUAGCGUGUAAAAGGUGUUGGAGCGCAGGGAAUGGCAUGUGAGUCUUAACUUUUAUCUGAUUUCUGGAGUCUUAUUAUUGUGACUGACGACGGCCAAGUCAGUGUUUCUGAAGUGUCAGGUGUUUGUCAGAAGACGCGCUGAAAGCUUUGUUUUCACUUCAGCUCUUCUCCUUUAACUACAGACGCAUCAGGGCUGCUGACAGGGAUGAUCAUUACACACACACACACACACUCAAGCAAAGGUUACACAGCAUAUUUUUAACUUUGAGAAAAAACAAUAGAAACUGAUUUACUGUUCAUGUUGCACACACAGCAGUGUUGAGCUGUAUGGGUUUGGUCUUCAGUGUAGAAGUAGCGUGAUUGUUCCUGAGUGAACCAGAACUUUGUCUCCUAUCAGUAAAGCGGUUUAGAUUCUCAGUGGUGAUUGUGAUUGUUUUCUAGCAUGUUUUUUACAGGGUUUGUAUUGUAAUUAUGUGUAUAGCAUAUUAAGUAAUGACAAAAUAACAGAACUGAUGUCUUCAACUCACCGUAUACGAGCUGGUUAAACAGUAACUGAAAGCUUCUGCUGAGUAGGUUCGUACUCAGAUUAAUUUUAUUCUGACCCAGCAAUAUAAUGCGUCUCCAUUUUAGGUCACAGUGCACACACGUGAGUCAUAUCUUCUAUGCUGAUUGGUAGCACUUUUUUGUUUGUUCAUGUUAGAUCCCUCAGAAUCUAAGUCGGUUUUGAAUCGGAUCCUGUCGCCUUACUGUUUGUGUGAACCACUACUGCUCUCUGGUGUUCAGAGUGUUCAUGUACAAGUUGCAAGGCCGCUGAGUGUUUGUUACAAGUGUGCUCAUCCAUAAAUCUCUAUGCUUUGUCUUAAAAUGAUUUCGUUGUGUCUGCAGGUAACAGUAAAUCUUCAAAUAGCGUGUUUUGCUGUGUAAUUGUCAUGUAGGAUGAGUCUGCGCUUUGCCCUGGUUCUUUCAAUGUUUCACUCGUUUUGUUUUUCUUCAUCGUUUAGGAUAAGACCUUACCCACUUCAUCUGAAUCCAGAACAUUUUCAGUAUGUUUGAUGACAGUAUUCUUGAUGCUAAGUUUGAAACCGUCUUCUUAUCUUAUUCUGUAAUCAAAAGAGUUGUGAUGAAAGAAGCAGCUUUCUGUUCUUAGUCCAGUUUUGUCUGCUGUCAGCACCUAAAAAUAUCCUGCUGCAUGUCAGAUUCCCCGUGAUAUUAGAUAGACAGCCCACAAGCUGCUAUGAGUCUGAAAAUCAUCUGACCACUCCUGCUGGCUAAUUUCAGAACGAUGAGCCUGAACCAUCGACGGAUUUGAUUGGCCGCCUCUCUAUUGGCAAGAUGCAAUAAUUUAUAUGUCAUUAUCGUCUUCAGAAUUUAAGUUUACGCACUCUUGGUAGGUUAACUGGUGUGUGGGUUAGUUAAAACACAAAGCACCUCAUCUUGUAACAUAAUCAGUAUUAGUAGUGAACACUACUAAAAUCGUUGUGAAAAACUAGUCUUCCUCUCAGUGCAAUACAGCCUCUUCCUAAACCCCGGUAACUGGAGUUAGUUGAAACGGUGGUGUAUGUAUGUGCUAGUGUCCACUGAAAAAUAUUCCACCUGUUUGUAGAUAAUUGUUUUUCUUUGUAUAGAAAGUGGAAAACAUCUUUUUUUUUUUUUUUUGCAUUUCCCUCUUCUAUUUUGUGUCCUGUGUUGCCCCAUCCCCACGUGACCUGAUUGUGUACUCCUAUUUAUCCAGAACUGUGCUUUGUGUUCCUGUAAAUAGGUGUUUGUUAAUAAAAGAAUGUGUUC